GCUUUCGUAUGUAAAACUCCAUGCUUUGACAAAGGCAGUCACAACUAAUUCACAAAUAGGCCUACGCAUUCUAUUUCAAAGGCUCUCUGAUUCCCCACUGCGAUCAAUACAGGGGCUGCAGUUCUGUGUUUUUUCGAAUCCAUGUUGAAGUUUUUGCUCUCAGACUUGAUCGCAUUACCGCUGGUUGGGUCAUUUCAGGACAGUGCACGCGUUGCAUCCAGAAUCUCCCCAGCUCCGAGGACCAAGCUGAGUAAAUUCAACUGAAGACGGAAUGCAUUGACAUUGUGUGAGAAAAUAACAUUUGCGGACAAACUGCGUGGCCUAUGUGAUUCUGCCGUUCUGGUGGGGGUAUCUGAGGUCAAUGCCUGCCUGCCUGCCUGCCUGCCUGCCUGCCUGCCUGCCUGCAUGCCUGCCUGCCUGCUCAACGAUGCCUUGUGAAAAUUGAAGUCAAUGUUUGCAAUAAUGUGGAAACACUACUGCAACUGAUCUGAUAUUGUUUCCAUCCGGAGGGAGCUUUAUGGGGCCUCGAACCUGCCUGCUGUGAGACUUCACGGCUCCCUCCAGCUAAUAUGUUUUAAAUAUCCCCUCUCUGGACAGCAAAAUUCAGCACACAGAGAGCAGUAUCCCCAUGUCUGUGGAUGCUCAGAGGAUGAAGCGUAGACCCUAAACCCCAGCAGUAUGUCAGACCCAGCAGACAAUUGCACCCAGCACUGGAAACAUGAGGUCAUGCAAAAUGGGUACAUACCGAGUUAUCUGGACAAGGAUGAGCUUUGUGUAGUGUGUGGAGACAAAGCUACAGGAUAUCAUUAUCGCUGUAUCACCUGUGAAGGUUGCAAGGGCUUCUUCCGACGGACAAUCCAGAAGAAUCUCAACCCUACAUAUGCAUGUAAGUACGAGGGAAAAUGCAUAAUCGACAAAGUGACCAGGAACCAGUGCCAGGAAUGUCGCUUCAAGAAGUGCAUUGCAGUUGGCAUGGCAACUGACUUGGUGCUGGAUGACGGUAAGCGGCUGGCCAAGCGGAAGCUGAUCGAGGAGAACAGGGAGCGCCGUCGGAAAGAGGAGCUGCAGAAGACAGUGUGGGACCGCCUUGAGCCCACGCAGGAGGAGUGGGACCUGAUCCGCAUGGUCACUGAGGCCCACAUGGCAACAAAUGCCCAGGGCAACCACUGGAAACAGAAGCGAAGAUUUUUGGUCGAGGAAGCAAUGCUACUUAAUGAAAUAACAUGUAAUUUAUUCUAUACCUCUGACCAGAGUGCAGUGGGGGUGAAGGAAACUAAGCCAGACGACAUUGGUCAAGGACCCAUCAUAAAUGCACCUGAGGGAAGCAAAGUGGAUAUAGAAGCCUUCAGUCAGUUUACUAAAAUUAUCACCCCCGCCAUCACCCGUGUGGUGGACUUUGCCAAAAAGCUGCCUAUGUUCUGUGAGCUGCCUUGUGAAGACCAGAUCAUCCUGUUAAAAGGCUGUUGCAUGGAGAUCAUGUCGCUUCGGGCCGCCGUGCGCUACGACCCCGAGAGUGAGACGCUCACACUGAACGGAGAAAUGGCCGUCACCCGUGGCCAGCUGAAGAACGGGGGCCUGGGAGUGGUCUCAGAUGCCAUCUUUGAUCUUGGAGUGUCACUGUCCUCCUUCAACCUAGAUGACUCGGAAGUGGCUCUUCUGCAAGCUGUCAUCCUCCUGUCAUCCGACCGGCCUGGUCUGACCAGUGUGGAACGGAUCGAGCGCUGUCAGGAGGAGUUCCUCCUGGCUUUUGAACAUUACAUCAACUACCGCAAACACAAGGUGGCCCACUUCUGGCCCAAGCUGCUGAUGAAGGUGACAGACCUGAGGAUGAUCGGAGCAUGCCACGCCAGCCGUUUCCUGCACAUGAAGGUGGAAUGUCCCACCGAGUUGUUCCCUCCACUCUUCCUGGAGGUGUUUGAGGACUGAGCUGUGUGUGUGUGUUAAUGUGUGUGUGUUAAUGUGUGUGUGUGUGUGCCUGUGAGAGCAUGGAUGGAGGGAACAGCUGCACAUCUCGACACAGUGAACUUCUAUUAGCACUACUGAGUGUCACUUCAUUCCAUAGUUUAGGAGUACCUUUUGGCCUAAUCUAGAAUUGGAACCAUUCCUUACGAUGCGGGUACAUGUGAAUAGAAUUUGGGGUCUCUGUUUUUAAGAUGUCCUCUCUCAGUUACAAUUUGUGUUUGUUUUGUUUUAAUUGUACAGUGGCUUAUUGUUGAUAAUAUUGACUCGAUGUUGACAGCACUUAUUUGGUCACAGGAACCAUGCAAAUGUUGUUUCCUUUUGUAUUCCGUUUAAAAUGGACAGACUCCAGCCUGACAGUCUAGUCUAGGACAGACAGGACAUGUGGAUUUGCCAGUUCACCUGUUACCUGUUUAGACCUGGUAGUAAGUAACACUACUCAAAAACUGUGCUUGCACUGUACCGAGCCUCACGCAUUUCUUUACAAUUUGCCAGGCGUGGAACAGAUCAUCCACUGACAAUCACAACUCAAGGUUUGUUUCUCAGCUUGUCCCUCACACGGAUGCAGGAAUUAAGACAAUCCUGUUGAUGUUGUGUCUGUUUUGUGAGUGAUGCCACACAGUGCCAAAACAUUGUUCAUCAUACCUAAUUAUUGGUACCUUAAUUGUAAGGUCCCGGAUGCAUCUUUCAAACUGUCAGUCUGUAGAAAUGUGUUUUUCUGCCAUUAUAAUACACUCACUGUGACAAGACAGGUGUGUUUUAGUCCCACGAGCUGCAACACCUAAAUGUGAUGUCAUGGAGCUAGUGUUGGACUGGUGGGGGGCCAGGAACUCACUGACAUGGGACAUUUGCAAGUGGUAUUCAAAAGCAAUGUUGCCCAAAUAAAAUCACAUGCAGACAGCAGACUACAGUAAGAAAGCUAUCGGGUAAAAACAAACCGUUUCGUUUGUGUUUCUUUUGUUGUUUUUCUAUAAAACUUAGUAUGAUGUUAUUUGCAAAAUGACAAAAAUUAUAGGCUUCAUGUAAAUUAAUGUAUUUGAACUAUUCUAGCUUCAUACUACUCCUUAAAGCAGCUUGUGUUUUCUUUGAAGUGAUGCCUUUAAUUAAGCAAUAGAUUUGCUGCAGUGUUUGAAUGACCAGGACCUCAUACACCACACAAACCGUUUCUACUCAAAAGCAAAUGCACAGACAAUCAGAGAGCGAGAGAGAGAAUAGCAGGGUCCAAGAGAACUCACUGGGCCAGUACUUUCAGUAUAGAUGAGUGCGACAGGUGACAUUAACUCCUUCUGGAGAUUUGUUUUACGACAAAGCACAGGGACAAUCAUGUGAAUUCAGCACAUAUGUAUGUGUAUUCUAACAGUAAACAAGUUUUACCAAGCCUGCAGAUGUUCUAUACGUUAACUGAGGUAAAGGUCCAUUUGUAGCAGAACACAAGUUAAAUAUCGAAUAACAAUAAAGUUCAAGCAAUUCCAUUAUGAACAACUGAACAAGGUGAGCUGGAUUGUCUUUCAGAAAAUGUCACCUAUUUUGAAUAAGGCAUCUUACUAAUGUGACCAUGUGGUACUUUCUCUCAUAGGACAGUUUUGUUAAAGUUACUCAGUUUGCAUACACACCAAUAACAAAGGUUGCACCAUAGAAAAGCUAUUUUACAGUACAAAGGAAAAAGGAUGUAUAUUUUCAGACUGCAGGAUUUUUUACAUAUAUUGUUCAUAUUAUGAUUAUUUUAUUGUUUUACGUAAGAAAAUAAAGAUAUCUUUCUCUCAAAUGAAUUUUGAAACAACAUUGUAGAGUCAGGCAUACCAAUCCAUACCAAUAUUUGUCCACAAGGGUAUACUGAGCAUAGAACUUUACUGUUAGUGCAAAACAGAUACAGCCACUACAUCUGGAUGAUUACUGAUAAUGAAGAGAUUAAUAAACAAACUCCAAUAUGUAAGUAUAUACAAACAAAACAACCCACCAUAAAAAUAACACAAUCGCAAGUGUUGUCAUGUCUGCCAGACCAUUGUUUGUGAUGUAUUGAUUGUCCUUGAUCAUUUUAUUUGGAUAACAGUCAUGUAAAGAAAGGGAGUGUGUAUGGGCAUGUUUUGAGGUUAAAUCUGGCUGGAAUUAUUUGGUUUCAUAGCAAAUAUGAUGUUUUAUUGCGCAUGGCUUUCAUGCCAGAGCAUUGCCCAUAUUUCAUGUUUAGAAGGUGCUAUAGCUUGGGUACCCUGGAAAAAUAAGAAGUUGCACUUGCAGAGAUCAUUUACUGAUACUUUGGUCCUCAUGAAUAUGUUUGCACUUAAUGUGAAUGGGCUCUGAAGAAUAAAGACGGUUUUGGGAAAUGUC